AAACUUUGGCUAAUGGCAAUUGACAUCUGAUGAACUUCUAGGGAAUGAAAGAUAAGCACAUCGUCUUCUUCAUCCAUCGUUAAUAGCGUUGUCGUUGGGGUUUAGGGUUUCCAGAUUUCAGAUUUCCGAUUUCCGAUUUCCGUUCAUUUCUUCACUGCUUCAUACCUUUCUCCUUCAAUAUUCUAUUCAUAAUUCUCUAUUUCCAUUCCUACAAGUAAUUCCUGAAUCAUUUUGUUGCGCUAAUUCGUACUCGGUUUGUUUCGUAACGUAGAUUUCUCUUACUUUCUAUUUAUGAUUUGUUUAUCUGAAACCCUUCGAAGCACCGAGGUCGGUGUCGCUGACAUUUUGAUUUGUUGCAUUCUAAAAUUCAUUUAGUUAUAUGACAAUUUGUAUGCUGGAUGAAGACAUUCAACUUCCGAAAUUGAACGGUCAAUGUGCUAUACAUUACUUAACGAAUUUUGUUGAAGAUUGAUUGUGGGUCACUCCUUGUUUUUGUUGUGUUUAUUUAUCUCCUUGAUUUCCUUGUUUUGUUUUUGGCAAUAGGUUCUGUCAGUAGAUAAUUUGGUGGUUAAAGGCUUAUGGCUUUUGUUGCUCAUCAACAGCAGGGCUUGUUUGUGGCAUUUUCCUCAAGGAAGUUGUUAUGGAGCAAAAGGCUGAAGCUGAAGCAAUGUUUAUCAAAAUGUCACUUGAUUGGAAGAGCUGAUUGGCAUUGCAGACUAAGUGUAGGGCCUCCUCACAUUUGCGGAACCAAGCUCAGACCUUUGAAGAUUUCAAGCUUCAAAGGCAGUGCCAAAGGUGAUGAUUCAGUAACCAGUGCUAAUGGGUCGAAGGUUCCCAACCCCAAAACCUCCGUUAGACUGGAUAAGAGAGGCGAAAUGAAAUCAGAAUCUCCAAAGGCAAACAAUGUUCCACUCUCUUGUGCUUCUGAAGCAAAUGAGAACCUUGCAGUAUCAUCUGGUAUUCAUAAACUUCUCCAAAAAUGGCUUACAAUGUUACAAACACUACCACAAAAUCAAGGGGAGCAGGAAAUCUUGGGAGAACCACCUCCGGAUGUCUUACCAAAUUCUUUACAAGGGACGCAAAAGACCAUAAAAGGUCAGAGUUUGAAGGCAGCAUGGUCGUAUUUUCUAGCCCAGGAUGCAACAAUAAAGGUUCCUUUCUUAAUAUUUGUUCCUUUCUACCUGGCCGUUAAUGUAGUUUAUGGGGCAGAGGUGUCGAAGGAGUUAACUCCUUUAUGGGUUUUGGGGCCACUCAUUGUGGCUCUCUACAUCAUGUUGUGGCGGUGGCUAUGUGCACUCUAUGUCUUCAGCUUCAAGCAGACCAUCAAAGUAAUUAAGAAUUCGCCCUCGUACUUCAUGUUGGCCUACAGCUAUGUCUUUUGUGGCAAGCUCAAAGAAGACAUCCAGGCUCAUAUUUUGCAGCCUAUAUUGAGCAUAACAAAUACUGAUUAUAAACAGCUGGGUAGAAAAAAGUUGAAAGAAUUGUCAGAAUGGAUAGUAGAGAAGUAUCUUGAUUUUGUGGAAUCAAUAUGGCCCUACUAUUGUCGGACAAUCAGAUUUUUGAAGAGGGCUAAUCUUAUUUAAAGUUAGUGGGUGAGGUGAGGGAAGUUGGUUGUGAUUUCAAGUGAGAGCUGGCCAAUCCCUUUUUAUACCGGGGUCUUGGUGUUUUGAGUGGAGCGAGACUUAGGUUGUGUAUUAGGUUAGGUUGUACCUGUAUCUAUGCUUGAAUUGAGUACGUGGUUAUUUAUUAGAUUGCUUCUGUUCGUAAUUGCUCAUUGGCGGGUUCUUUUUAAA